AAGCCCUUCAAAGGUUUCAAAGUAUAUCACAUGAUGAAUCUAAAUCAAUAUCAACUACAUCAGAACAAGCAGAUACAUCUAGUUAAGAUGCAUUAAUAACAAUAAAAGAAAAUAAGACAGGAAACAAUGGAUGCAUAUUUAAAUGAAAUUAUUCGUAAACAUAUCAAAAUUACAAAACAAGAAAGAUCUCAUAACAGGCAGAUAGUUGACGCAACUGUAAAGGAAACAUUAAAGAUAAUGCGAGAUAAAGACUCUCUAUUCAACAGUAUGAACCCAUCCAUAGCCUAUCUGGGCAGCUAUUAUGAUGGAUUGCGAGUUGGACAUGCCACAGAAUUUGAUAUUAACAUAGUUUUAAAAUUGCCGAUUAAUUAUAAGAAUAUUGUACUAAAUGCAUCCAAAAUGGAAGCUUACACUUUUGUUGUAAUGCCAUCAGAGUUUCGAAGAUUGUCUAAAAUUCCAAUAACAGCAACAAAUGGAUUUACAGAAACUAAAUUCUGGUGUGAUAGACAACACCGUUUGUCUGUCCAGAAAUUUCGAUCAUGGAUGCAAAGUGUUUUGGAUAAAGCGCUAAGUAGUUUACCUAAACGAGGUGAAAAAUAUCUAAUACAAGUUAAUAAUAAAAUGUUUCCAAUACUGGCAAAAUUAUCAGGACCCGCAAAUACUAUUAGUAUAUACGAUAAUGAUAACAUUAUUGAUAUAGAUUUAGUUCCUACCUUUACAUUUAAUUUAAAUCUAAACAAACCUAUUAAUUGUAAAGUUGAUUUCACAAAAAACGUGUUUCAUAAAAUAAAGAAAUAUUAUAUUGUACCCAAACCAACUGAUGAUGAAUAUAUAUGGAGGCUGGCAUUUCCAUCUCAAGAGAAAGCAAUAAUGAGUAAAAAGAACAAUUUUAAAAAAUGCUGUGAAGUUGAUGAAGCUUUUAAGGGAUACUCAAGAAUUUAAUAAAUUAUCAAGUUAUUAUAUUAA